AUGGGCGCAUCAAAGUUAGUAUCGGCCGUCUUGGUCGUUGCAGCCCUUUUAGUCUUCGGGGCUGCAAUGUUCUUCUUUUUUUACAAAACUGAUAACAAAGUAGAGCAAGGAGAAACUCCUAAAUCUGGAGCAGAAUCUCCUGUACCUCCAUCAGCUAAAGUUCUUAACGUAGUGACAUAUUUGUCAAAUGAACAAUUUAACGCGAUGAAGUCAAACCUAGGCGAGUCGUACUUGUUUGAUGCUAGAUCCAAGUCUAAUUCUUAUCAAUUCAAUGGAGUCACAGUUUCAGUUGUUUCAGGCGAAUUGCCUGAAUAUCCCGGAUAUACGAUGUAUACUCACACAUUUCCUACCGCCUUUAAGGGCAUGAAGUUGGUUUUUGACGGCACGAAUUCCAACGAAUUCUUUGAGGACCCCGUCACUAGACUAACGGCCUAUUGGUGGUUUAAUUCACUAUUAUUCUUAACACUUACUACAGAAAAGGCGGGAGAUGCGCCGCUAACAAAAUAUUUUCACUAUACAGCCCAUUUCGGGCAAGAUGCCCUUCGAUGGGAUAGAUUUGAUCGCGAUCCUAACACACUUUUGGAUUACGCGGUGUUAGGCCCAAAAUUGGACGAAUUGAAUACUUCUGCCGGCAAUUUUGUGGCCUUGAGCCUCGAUGAGUAUGUCGAAGCUCAAACAGGAUCUUAUACAACUGAGACUGAUGAAGUAACAGUGAGUUUCACUCUUGCCAGACGCUCAUCUUCUCAAACCGGUUUUGUUAAAAUGACACACAAACUACCAGCCGCUGCCGCUGCCGCUACAGCUGAACAAUCCGGUCCACCAGCAUUCAAACCAUUUAAAUUAAAAAAGCUUUUGGUUUCCGGUACUGAGUUGUCUGACCUGGUAUUGACCAGAAAACCUGUUUUGUCUGCUUCAGUCUUUUGGUGGUAUAAUAUACCCUUGGUAGCCGAUUUUGAACUCCAAGGGGGUGCCCACGAACAUUUAACGUACAGCGUGGACACAAAUAAAUGGGGGGUUGAGGUUGUUGAUAAACUCAGAUCCAAGCUCUUUAUGCUAAAGAACAAGCUGGGUGAUCCUCUCACGCUCGAUUUAUCUAAGACCGCUGAUCGGGACCAAACAUACACAGCAAAUGGAGUAUUGGUCAGAGUAAGUCCAGCGGCUACUUCAGCUACAGGUUAUAGAAAGUUUACCCACCGUUUUUCAACUGGUAGUUCCCACUUAGUUGGUUCCUUUUCCUCCCAUGGAACCCCCCAAUUGGGCCUACCCGUUCUAAGAGUAAACGAGGUUUCAGCCUAUUACCUUUCUGAUGUACCACUUUUGCUUAAAAUGAGCAUGUCUAGUUCUGGAGGAAUGUCAACCUCAUAUCUAUACUUCUCAAACAAUGGUCUUGGAUUAUGGAAGAAGGUUGUUUUGGACGCAGAGCUGUCGACCACAGCCGCAGUCCUAAAAAAGCUUUCUGAAGAUAAUACAGCUCUUGCAAUGACAGACUCUUAUGUAUUCGACGCUAGGAUGAAGUCAAACUACCUUUCUGCUGGAAAGCUCGUUUCUGUAACGAAGGGUUCAGUUGAGAACUUACAAGGCUUUACCACCUAUACUCAUUCCCCAUCAGUCAGAGGACCUUUCAAAUUCGAGAAGUUUACGGUAGCUGGUAAGGAUGUACUACCAGAGAGAGAUCCACUACCCGGAACUACUGAUGCCACUGUGUAUUGGUAUCUUGAUGUACCAAUGUUGUUGAAGGUGGCAGGCACUUCUCAACCAGCUGCGCCAGCUGGUCCUCCACCAGAAACACCACCAUCACGUUCUGGCGAUGAAGAAUCUUCAUCAGCACCAGCUACAGAUCAAUCAUCAGGAACUCCUGAAAAACAAUCUACACCUCCACCAGCCCCCCGAGCUGCACCCGAGUCUGCACGGGGAGAACCCUUUAGUUUUUUCUACUGGUACAAUGCUGACACUAAGGUUUGGUCUGCCUUGGAAGAACCUCCAACCACGUCAGAGAAACUAAAGGCCGCUUUGGAUAAGGCUCGAGCAACUCUGGGAAAGGUCACCUUAAACCUUGGCCACUCAUCAGGAACAUUCACAUCUGGACCAGUAACUGUUACAGUUUCUGACUCAGCCUCAUAUGAUAACGACCCGCCCACAUCUUUCACAAAGCGCGUCCACACACUCUCAGUUCCUUUCCCAGUAAGCUUGGUAAAGCACUACGACUUUGUUCUUGAACUCGGAAACGUAACUGAAGAGAGAUACGAGUCAAUACAAGCGACCAGAGACCCGGUCGUGCCCGCAAAUGUGGUGGUCCAACGCAUGGAAGUAUAUUUCUACGGAGAAGUGCCAUUACAUUUCUUCGUCUAUGGUGUAGAGGGAGCACCUCUGCGUUUUUCAAACUCAUUUAAAGGUACUCUCUGGUUUAAAUAUCUUAAGACUAAUGUAUCUCUUAAGGACUGUCUGUUGUUGCAAAAGGUGCGCCUGGGUCACACCGCUAAGAUGGACGUUUGCAAGGGAUCCGGGAAGAAUGAUCAACUUGUGACAUAUGACUUGAAGUAUUUGGCUACCCCAGGUAGUACUCCAGUCUCUGUUUCUAGGUCAGAGGUCCCAAACUCUGACGGCGUAAUGUUGGUUCAACACAAAUUGCCCGAUAACGUAUCACUUAAGUUCUCUGCACUUACUUGUGGCCAGAGAGUACUUACAGGUCUCAACUCAGACGAAUUCCACACCGUUAUGGUCUACUACAAGGAUCAAGUGCCAAUGUACGUCAAGGCUAACUCUGACCCCAAGUACUUUGCAAUGAGCGGUGACGGUGGUCUGACCAGGCUUUUGCCCCCAGAAGGUGCAACCUCAUUCACCGAUGAACAAGUUAAUACUGCCGUUUCUACUUUGUCUGCCAAAGUCGGCAAAGUGUUUGAUGUAGAUGUUUCAAAGAAAGAGGGCUACACCUUAGAUGCGACUGAGUUUUUAGUUACAAAGAGUGAAGAAGCAGGGUUCGAGAAAUAUUUACACAAACUUAAAUCUUCUGGUGAAGAACAAUUAUCCUUUACUGUACGAACAUUCAUGUACCUCGAACGAGAUGCAGUGGUAUUCUCGACAAGUUUAAAGGUAUCUGAAUUCGCUGUAUUUUACAAAGGAGAUUCACCAUUAUUCCUUCACUUGAAGGUUGAUGAAACUAAACCCAGGUUCUAUAACUACGUUUAUGACAGUGGUCUAUGGUUAGAUGACGGAGUCCAUGAAGUAUUUCAAGAAGAAGACCUUUGGGAUAGACUUGAAUACCUUCAAGAAGGUCUAGGUAAUGAGUUUUCACUUGACCUUGCGGAAGACCUUGGUAAUAAACUGUUCAACGUCGACGUUGCUGAAUUUGACCUGGUUCCAGGGUAUAAGAAGUACACUUACAAGCCAGAAGUAAUGGAUUUUCCCUUCUUGCUAAAGGAUUUGUUGCUUUCUGGCUCUCCAGUGAAUCUUCCACUCGAAGAAAACCACCUGUUUUCCCUCACUGCAUACACAUUCAGGAAAAAUUAUUUGUUCUUCCACGUAGUGUCGCACGACAAGAAGGAUUUCUUUUACAAAUCAGAUUUUGCAGGUGGCUACACCCCCGUGACGUUUGAACGCUACGACGAGGACUCACUAGAACGUGUUUUGUGGGAUCUGAAAGCAAAGGUUGCUGACCAGUUAUCUCUGGAACUUACCAAAGAAGCUUCAUACCCAUACCACGAGUUUACUGUAAAUGUGGUUUUACAAAACCAGACCAGCUUUGAAGGAUAUAAGAAGUAUUUGCACGAUCUGGUUGAAGGGGAAACAUCAGUUCCCUUCAAACUAUACAGUGUCAAGAAUGAUGGAUAUGUUACAAACGUCCCCCUUUUCAAUGAAUUGGUAUACUUUGCAUACGUAUACAUGUAUGAAACCACACCAUUACUUUUGGAACUACACUCAUCGAAUAAAGACAUGAGUUCCUACCAUUACUAUUAUUUCUCUAACAACCUGGGGAACUGGGAACUCUUGGAGAACCCUUCACUUGGUCAACUUCCCUCCAGUAAUUUGAAGGAAGUCUUGAAUAGUGCAAGGGAUAAGAUGUCCAAGACCUUCAAGGUUGACCUGGCGAGGAAGUUCAGCGCCAAACUUCUCACAUCACCAACAGAACACUUCCACCUCAACGUCUCAGUUAUGGAAGAUGUACGCGAGGCCUGGGGUUUCUCCGUCUAUAGUCAUGUUUACUCUCUUGAGAAAACAGGCAAUGUCGAGGAUAGGUUGGCUCCAACCGCUGCAAAUUUGGGUGCUACAACACUAUUAGAGCCAUCAUCUGAUGCUACUUCUCGUUCAGCUGAACAGGAGACUCGGGUGUCAACUCCAGGAAGCCUGGGUCGUGGAGCUGUACCAUCAACACUCCCGGAAUCUCUUGUUCAGACACUAGAAGGUGCUCCAGCCGCAACAGUGUUGCCAGAUCAAUCACCUUCACAAUCUCAAUCAGCUCUACAACCUGAAAGUACCAGGUCCGUCAAUGUGGCCGAGCGUGUGUUGAACACGUACCAAACCUUGAAGGCUAAUGCUCUUAGAGGAGUUAAUGUUAUGAGUGCAGCAUUGCCAGUUGUUGGAAAGUUCACUUUAGGAGACACACCACUGAGUGGAUUCGGCGUAGAUACAGUUUUCAAGGCUAAUGUAUAUUGGUGGCUUGACCAAAGCCCCGCCUUUGUCCACCUGUGCAAUGGUGUAAAUAACAAGUAUUACAUGAAGAAGGGAGAUAAGUGGGCUUUGGCCAAGAAGUCCGAUGUUCCUUUGUCAAGAGCAACCGUAGCAUCAAUGCUCGAUGAACUUAAGGAUACUUUCGUUAAGCCAGUUGAACUUGACCUUGACAAGAGCAGUUCAUAUGACUCAUAUGUGAAAUACGUGUCAGAAGGAUUUACUCUUCGUGUUGUUCCAUCAUUCACACUCGAAGGAGGUUUCAGGGGCUUUACUCACUUCUCAGCCACCAACCAUGAGAACGUGUUUAAAGUCAACAGGUUAGAGGUCUGGGGUGACGUCGUACUAACGGAACUUCAGGACGGGUUUGUAAGGAGUGCAACAGUUUUCACAGAUUCUGAUUUACUUCCACUUGUUUUGGAGCUUGAAUGGACUAAGUUGAACAAUUCCAGUUUUAAAAGCAGGUUUAAGUACUUUAAGUACUCUCAAUCAGGAUCUUGGGUUGUUCAUCAAACCGACAAUAACCAUUCAAGAUUAGUAGAAGCGGUACUUCUAGCCCUACUCAAAGAGGUUAGAGCGCCUUUUUCCAACAGAGUUACUGUGUCAUUAGAAAGAAGAGAAAAUUACGGUCAGGAUGCAUCUGCAGUGGUUGUUUCAAAGGAUCCUACUACUACUCCUGGUAAGUGGAACGGGUUCCACAAAUUAAGUCACGCACUCAAUAAUCCUGCCGCGAAGAUGCUUUUGUUGAAGAUGUCAGAUAGGCUUGUGAGGGCAUAUCCCACAGCUACACAUGUCAAGAGGGUAGAUUCAUACUGGUACAAGAAUUCCUUGUUAUUGGUUAAGGUGACAGAGGCUGCUUCAGCAGAAUCUGCUCAAGAUACCGUAAAGUACUUUAAGAAUGACCAUAAAGAUGAUUUACUUUUACUUGAAGGUGUAGCAGCUGGAGAAUUGACUGUUGGAACAUACAGCGGUGAUAAUGUAGCCACACAACCCUCAGCAUUACUCACUCAACUCGCUGCCCACUUUAAGGACGAAUACUACUUGGAUGUUGCAGAGAGAACCUUGGGCAAUAAGUCUGACUUCCUCAAGUUGUUACCAGCUUUGUACGUGGUUGACACAUCUGUUCCUGCUGGCUACGCGAGGUAUAAUUUGUACCUUUUGGACCACGUAAAAGGUGUAAAACUAAACAAAUUAUUGUACCACGGAACUGAUUUUAGCACCGGUAACUUUGCACUUCCAGAGGACAAUGUAUACAGUGUAUAUGCAUUUACACCCGUGGGACACUUUUCACCGUUUUUACUGGAACUCCACGUGCGCACUUCAACCAAACUCGUUUUGUACUAUUACCAUCUGAACCAGUAUGGAAAAUGGGUAAAACUUGAAACUGGUGGAAGAAGAUUAACACACGAAGAAUUUUAUAAUAAAUUGAAUGUACUAUUUGCGAAGUUGGGUAACGUGACGGUGGUCGAUGUGUCGAAGAAUGAGGGAACCUAUUACGGUUUAACUCGAAUGAAUGUUACAAAGUUCUCAUUCCCCGGAGUCCGUGGAUACACAAAAUACCUCCAUAAGGCGCAUGAUAACUCAAAUUUCACAGUGUCGAAGUUUGUAAACAAAGGUGUGGUAUUGCAGAACUUACCAGUCAUGAAGGCUAGUCAAGUAGCAGUUUAUUUCUCACUCAACAAACCCCUGAUGUUGGAGCUUAAGGUUGGGAGAAGGUACAAGUUCUUUUCAUCCAAUGCCAACGGACAAUGGUUUGAAGCAAGACUACCUUCAGGAGACCUGAAGAGCGCACUCGAUAGUGUUUAUGAUGAGCAUGCAGAUGUGGCAAGGAACACUGCCGACAAGGUAUCGUUGCAUUUGAACGCUAAUUUCACCCGUGAUUAUGUCCUUUCCGAGGGAAAAGUUGAGGAUUUUGAAGGCGCAGUGGCUGUUUUAGAAGAGGAACCCGAGGAACCUGCUGCCCCCAGGGCCCCAUCUCGUGUGGAUACUGCCGAUGCUGACGGUGAUGCAAAUCUCUCCACUGCAUUGUCUUCCGCUGAUACAGCUGAAGCUUCACCUUCAGUCGCAAGAGCUUCGGUACCUCCUGCAGAUCAAAUGGUUAAAACCCAUGUUCUUAACCCACUUUUGUAUUUGGACAACGACAAACUCGCCUACAGCUACUCUUCAUACGGUAAAACAGUGUUUGUGAACAGACGUGACGAUUUGUUCCAUGGCUAUAACGUAACAACCCAUAAAUUCUCCGAGAACGCACCCUUUUCACUGAGGAAGCUUGUGUUUUUGGGAAGAGAGUUUGACUUGGGCUUGGAUAAUCUAAAGUUCCUCUCAGCAACACUAUUUUCAUUCUCCUUCAAGCCGUUGGUUCUCAAAUUAGUUCAGCUCGAUGGUACUGAAAGGUUCUUUUCAUUUACAUUCCUAACUCAGACUUGGACAGCCCUCCAGGUUUCCGAUCUAGAAAAAGACCUCGAUGAUCUAAAUUAUAAGGAGAAUAAACUGCUGAUGCUUGAUUUGGCCAAAGAUUCAAAUUAUGAAGCUGGUGGUCAGGAAUUAAAUGCCUCUAAAACUGCUUUCACUGACGGGUUUUCGAAGCAUACCACCCAGUCUAAGAGAUCAUUUGAUGCAAGGAAAAGAUUGAAGGCCAAACGUGAUGCCAAGCUUCAAGAAAAAUUAAAAACCAAAGAGAAGUAUCGCCUUGAUUCAGAACAGAAGAAGAGAAGGCUAGAUUCUUUGAAGGUGAAAUUAGCUGAUUCCAAGGCUAGACUGGAUUCACUAUUAUCUUUAUGGGUCAAGUCUGAUGAGCCUAAAGCCAAGCUCUUUAAAGCCUUUUAUGAAAAAGAAGUUGCUGUUGCUGCUCUUGAGAAAGAAGUGAAACUAGCAGAGGCUGAAUAUGAAGAAGCUCUUUCAACUGACUCCAGAGAAACGGGUGAUAAGAAUAGAGUUUUGGCUGCUAAGAAACAACAGUUAGAUGCUAAGAAAGGUGAACUGGAAAAGGCUAAAGUAGCAGCCGCCGACUCACUCCAUACAUUUCCCGAACCAACUUCUGCUGAUAAGGAAGUGAAAACUAAACUCUCAGAGGCAGUUACUGCUGCAAAGGCUCUACAGGAACAUGUAAAACCAUCAACAUUAGUUGACGCCGCCGUCUCAGCAGCCAAAGCUUUAAAAAGAGAAGAACAAGCAACCAAAUUGGCAGAUUUAGUUUUGGCAGCAAAUAAACUAACUUCUCUAAAGUCAGAUGAUAAAGUGGCCGAAUUGGCAUCUGCUCUGACUACACUCAAAGAUUUAGUACUCGCUCUUAAAGAAAAGUCUGAAUCCGGCCCGAAAUUUGAUGCAGUUAAUACUUAUGCGGCAGAGUUAAAGCAAGCAGUUUCAUCUGUUACUUCACUUGCUGACAAAGUAGAUGGCAGCAAUUUCGGUGGUUUAAUGACAGCCGUAAAAAAAUUGAAAACUUCUGUUUUAGAGAGUUCCAAGUUAACUGAGGCAUAUGACGCCGCUGUUAAAUUUAAGUUUUUAUGUGAGGGUUCGGAAAAACUCAAAGAGGCUAACGCUGUUCUAACCAAGUUACCACCAACUGUUGACUCUCUAUUAGCUUUGGAAUCCUCCGGAAGCCUUUCAUCCAGUUCUCCAGACGAAGCCAAACUCGCCAAAGCAACUACCCUUCUUUCUAAUCUAAAAGAAGCAGUUAAGGAUAAGCUUGAUGUAGUUGAUUCUGUUUCUCUUGUUAAGGGCGAAUUUGAUAAAUUCAAAUCUGAUUUUGCUUACGACACCAGUGACAAGUUCACCGCUGCUUUGGCUGCAUUUGAUAAGCUUCAACUAUAUCUUUCUCUUGCACUUAAGUUGAAAGAGUUUGUGAAUGAGGGGGGUGAUUCUGAGUUAGAGAAAUUGUUAAAUGAAUGUAACAACGCAACUGCAAUGGAUCUAAAGGUUACAAACGACCUUUCAGCCAAACUUAAGGAAGCUUUGUCUCUUGCAGCAAAACUUAAGACUUUAGAUGAAGCGUUUAAAACAGCUGUUGAUCCCGAAUCGUCUGCCGAUCAGUCGACUUCAACCAAAUUGAAGAAAUUAUCUGAUACAUCUAACGCCUUUUCUGAAUCUCUAAAGACAGAGGCCUUGAAAAAGGUGGAAUCUGCUCUUGGAGAGGUUGAAAAAUCAAAGGAAGUAGAGUCUGCUCUCCUAUUACUUGAAGAGGCUGCAAAAGUUGCUUCCUCUGUCAAGGAAAUGGUAGACGCCCUUGAACAAGAUGAAAGUAAAACGUCGUUAGAAGACAAACAAGCCUUUGUUUUAAAACUCAAACAAGGUUUAAAUGGCUUUGAAAAGCUCUGGAAAGCGUAUGAAGCAGCUAAGAAAAACGCAAAAGAGAGUCUUGAUGAUAAUACCGACAAGCUGAAAAAAGCUUAUGAUGCAUCCAAAGCACUCUAUGAUAAAAUAGUUGAAGCUCUUAAAUCAGCAGAGGGUUCCGAUAAAGAAAACAAACUGAAUGAAGUUCUAGAUACUUUCAAACAGAAGAAAGCUGAUCUUAAGGCCGAUGAUGUUAGUGCUGGAGCUAAGAAACAAGUUACUGAUAAGAAAACUGAACUAACCGAUACACUCAAGACUUCCUUGAAAGAAGGUUGUAACGGCGCCAAAAAGCUAUAUGAAAAACAUUUAGUGUUACUAGCAGAAGCACAGAAAUCGUACGACACUGCAUUCAAACGUUAUGACCUGUACGACAUGACAGUUCAUGUUUCUGACGACGAGGACGAUGGCACCCCAGAAUCAUCAGUUUUGUUCGGUUUUGGAGGCCUGAGACUUGGCGGAAAAAAUCUGAGCUCAGCCGGUUUACCCGUGGGAAAUUUCUUGCACACAUUUAAUGCCUACUUUGCUAAUUGUUCAGAACUACCUCUUAUGGUACAGCUAAAGUAUUCUGAUUCUGAAGAUGCCGAUGAACCUGUAGUUGAUAAAAUGAAAAGGCCACCACCAGCUAGUCUAUUACUCAACGCCGAGUUACCUUCAACUGCCACAGUACCAGCUUCUCAACGACAAGCACAAGCUGACACUGGGGCCGCUGGUACUGGAGCUCCCACCUUCACAAACGCAGUUGAACGAGUUUCUUCUCUGUUGAGAACCGGAUUGGUGGAAGUUACCCCUAAGGUAUCGAUGGAGAGUGCACAGGUUGUUCCCCCAGCAACACCCGCUUCGGGUUCUGACUCAAGAUCUGGUUCUGACGCUGAACAGCUACCCCCUCCUCCCCGUCAACCUGAACCUUUUUCAUACCCAGGACACUUUUUUGUUCUCGAUUUAGAUCUCACCUGGAAACCAUUUGUACCAGAGGCAAAAGGUUCUCUAAGACAUAAACUGUUGGAGCUUAAAGAGUUACACGCUUUGGAUGUUAACCUGGAUCUUGCUAAUGUUUCAGCUAGAAGAAUGACCACUUACGCCCUAAAGACCCUCAACUUUAGUGUCAGGAGAGUUUUAUACUCUUCAGGCUAUAAGUUAACAAGAGAUUCAUCUAAGCUACAGGGGUCUGAGGCUCCAACACAACCACACUUGGUUGACUUAUCGGACUAUGACCAGAGUGUCAAAUUCUUCCCACCCCUAGACUUCAAAUGGUUUGUACAUCAAAUGGUUCCAAGUGUGCCAGCUGAUUCCACUAAAACAUCUGAUCCACUACCCCAGUUCAACCUACAGGCAUUAUCGCUUAACGGCUCCAGACUAUCCCUGGGAGAAGAUGCAUCUGAAGCCCUUCUUGGUUCAGUGAACUCAGUUUCAGCACUCGUAAACGGCAAUGGAACUCCUCUGAUGUUGCUGGCCUAUAAGCCUGUUUCAAAUGGUAACUUAGUACAGCACAAGUACGUUUCUUUGUCACUCAAAGGAGAUAAAUAUGUCGUCGACGAUUCUAUGGCCAAUUUUUCCAAUUUGUUGUAUAAUUUGGAGCACUCUGACUUCGCUUGGACCACCGAUGCUACCUUUAUGAUGUUUACGGAUGCAAUGCAACAACGGUUGAAUCUGCUCAACGCACAAUUAGAGCCGUCUUACGUUGUCAACUUAAAUGCCACAAAGAAUUACAAGAGAGGUAACGUAGUGGUCAGUGUUGAGUCUUCAGAGGCCUUUGACGUGAAAUACCUCUCAUUCACUCCAGGGCUUUUAGUUGAAGCGGCAGCUGAAGGUGGAGAGUCAUCUGCAAUGCCUUCCACUGUCCCCGCAUUCACCCUCGAAAAGGUGUUUUCCGGAGAUACAAAAUUCAAAGGGCUCACGUUGCCCUUUAGGAACGUAUUACAUGUAUCAGUUUUUGAAUACAAAUUUUUGCGCCCUUUGAAGGAAAGCUCACCCAAAGAAUAUAGUUUUUUCCCUCUACUCCUAGAGUUAUCCCACCGUAACGAAGCCAACAGGUUGGAAAAUUUCUACUUCAGAUACUUGUCGGGAGACAAAUUUGAGCUUUGUUUCAAGACGAAGCUGAGACUUACUGCCGCAGAGGUGGCCGACGUCGUUAAAUUUGUCGCCCACGAAAACUUGAGGCGUGGAAACUUCACACUCUCUACCCUCAGUUUGGACUUCUGGGUCAAGAGCACAUUCUACACCCCGAGACACUUCGUCACAGUGGAAAAGUUGGAGAAAGUGCAGGCAGCCCUUGCUCCCGGCGCACCCGAGGGCACCCUGCCAUCCCUUACAAACGCUCAUCUACCAGAUGGGUACAAUGUUUACAAAUACACAUUACAUCAAAAUGACACCCCCUAUACUGUUGUAUCAUUAUUCUUCUGGAACCACUGGAAGUUUUCACCAAACAAGCAUACAUUUAAAGAAUUUUAUCUAUACGUAAGAGCCAGAGAUAAUUUGGCCGAUCUAUUGGCCCUGGUUACACCAGGUGCCUCGGGCGCUGCUGCCACCUAUGAAUGGUACAGUCUAGCUACCCCAACUCCUGUUGCCGUGCUUACCGGCGAGGUUGUAAGUCCAACUUCUUCCGAACAUAAGAAUAAGUUGGACCAACUUCUAGCAACUGUCACUGCUAAUGUUGAUUUCUGGCUUCAACCUGAACAAUUACUUUGGGCAUUCUUCACAACUCAACUCACAGCUAAGUUGUCACCCGUCGGUAAUGUUCAGGGAUUCCCAGUGACUGCAACUCCUAAUUGA